AGAAAAGAAUAAUGUACUAUUUAAAAUUUCCUGCUAAAAUAUCUCGCUAAAUCCCGCCCUUUUCCUUCGUACCACCUUCUCAUAUAUACUCUUCAUUGCCAAUAUCUGAACGACUGUACCACCAAAAACUAUAAUGACGGUGAACUCCGUACCGGCGGCCGGCGUCGACGUCGACGUCGGAGUUGAUCGAUUAGCAAUGCACGCGUUUUCUCAGCCUAAAAUCGACCCUCAGCAGUUCAUUCAGCUUUGCCUCUCACUUGCUAGAUAUGCAGACGCCAUUGUGAUUCCUCAAUGCUAGCACAUGUCAUGGUCCUUAUGAUUUCUGUCAAGAAUGCUUGUCAGAGCGGGUGGUUUACAGAGAAAGAUACCGAAGAACUUUCUAAUCUUGCAAAUGAGAUUUCUAGCAGCUUCUGCAGUACAUUAGAUUUUAAAACUGAACCAAGCAGUUCUCUGACAAUUAUUUCGACAAUAAUGUCAAGAUUUUAUCCACGGCUGAAAAUGGGUCAGAUAAUUUGUUUCCUCGAAGCCAAGCCUGGAUUUGGUGCCUUCGUGAAUGAUUUCCAAAUAACGAAGAAUACAAAUCUUUCUAAAGGAGAGAAAGCAAGAUUAUUUGUUGCACAAAUAGAUAAUCUGGAGACCUCACUAUGUCUUAUAACGCCUCCUCAAGUGAACUUUCUCCUAAAUGGGACGGCAGUGGGAAAGAGGAAUAUUGAGUUAAUGGACCUUGGACCUCAGCUUCCAACUCCUGUAUCUCAAAUGCUUAAAUUUGGAAUGAAUCUUCUUCAAGCUGUGGGCCAAUUUAACGGAAAUUAUAUCAUAGCUGUUGCCUACAUGAGUGAGAUCUCUACCUCUGUCGAGGCCACACUCCCUGAUUAUGAGCAGCCUCCUGUUUCUUCCGUUGAUCCAGAUUCUGAGAUUAUUGAGGGGCCAUCAAGAAUUUCUCUGAAUUGCCCCAUAAGCUUCAGACGUUUUAAAACUCCAGUGAAAGGAAAUUCCUGCAAACAUCUUCAGUGUUUUGACUUUGAAAACUAUGUCGACAUAAAUUCAAGGAGACCAUCGUGGCGCUCAUUGUAAUCAGCAUGUGUGUUUCACUGAUAUUCAUAUUGAUCAAGAUAUGUUCAAGGCAAGUGGAAUGCUGUAUUAUGCUUUACACAAAUUACCUGUCUAGAAGUAAUAUUCUUUUUCUUUUAAAGG